CUCAAAAGGAUGCAUUUUCAACUCAGAAAGAGAUAAUAAAAAAAGAAUCCGAGAUUAUAUCUCUAAAGUCUGAAUUAACAAAUAUAAAGAAUGAACUAACGAAUACAAAGGAUGAAUUAGCUUCAAAAAUUAAUGAAAUUGAGUGUUUAGGCACUUUAUGCCCUGCUUCACAGAAAACAAAAGAUAUAUUAAAUCCUGUAGUUAUGGGAGGUGCAGAAAAAAAUACGCAGAAUGAGGAACAAACAGAAAUAAAUGAUACUUCCCUAACUAACCAAGAGUCUUUAACAAAUGAUAUAUCGAAUAUAAAAAAUGAGCUAGUAAUAAAAGAAAAUGAAACAUUUCCAAUUAUCAUAAAUAAGCAGAAUUCAGAGUCAUUAAUUCAAGAUAUUACAAUAGAAGGGGCAGUAUGCGCUGGCGAGGCUUUAGUUAAUGAUAAGAAGAAAUUUUUUAUCCCGUCUAUAGAAAUCAUAGUUAUGGAUUCCCAAUUCGUUAUACAAAAGAACCGAAAAAAAGAAUUACCACCUAUGAAACUUUACCUUAUGGAUAUGGAUGAGGCCACAAAGCACGAAUCAUCCAAAAAUAUCGGAUAUCCAGCAAUGUCAUGGCCUUUCAGUAAGGUAUUUACUGGUAAAAGUGGUACAGGUAAGACUAAUAUACUCAGAAAUAUUUUUGUUGGUAACAAGGGUGAAUGUAUAUAUAAAAAGAAAAAGGGUGGAUCCCGCUAUAUACGAUGUAAUGAUUUGAUAGUUUGUGGAUACCAUCCAGAUGAACCUAAAUGGGCAUUUGUUAGAUAUAUAUAUGGAGUAAUCGCAAGUGAUCCAAAAGCACCAUAUUACAAAAAUAUUAGAUUUAAAUAUAUCUCACCUAAAAAAAUUCCUAGUGUAAAAUCAUUUUCUCCAGAGAGGAGUACUGUAAUUAUUUUUGAGGAUUUAUGUGUUGCUCCAGAUACAAUACAAAAUCGAAUUAUUCUAUUCUUUACACAUGGAUGUCAUCGUAAUAUAAGUCCAAUAUAUGUGACACAAAAAUAUCACCAUGCCCCAAUAAUUAUUCGUGAAAAUCUUACCCACUUAGUUAUAUUUAAUGGGGGCAGUAGUUAUCAAGAUGUAUCCAAGAUAGCUGGUCGUUAUACUGAUGAUGUUAAAAAUGCAUCAAUGGUUAUUAAUAGUUAUCUGCGUAAAGGUGAAUUUAUAGUAUUUGAUCUUAAUAAAGCAGAGGACGAUCCACUUGCAAUUCGGUUAAGGUUCGAUACUCCACUAGAUUUGCAGAAAGAGAUAGAGUUACGGCAAAAACACAAGAUAGGUUCGAAGAACCAUGACCCUUUAGGGUCACCCUUCGGGCCUGCUCUGCAAUAA